AUGUCUACAUCUAUAGAUGAAAAUAAUAACAAUAGUACUAGUAAUAGUAGUAGUAAUAAUAGUGUAAUGAUGUUGGAUGUUGAAGAAUAUAUAGAAGCAUUAAAUAAAAGAUUCACAAUUAAACUUUGUAAUAGUAAAGACCUUCAGACCAACCUUAAGGAAUUGUUUCCAACACCAAUCACAGAGAUUCUAUCAAAACAACAACCUAUACAUUUGAUUUUAGUUUGGACACCUACAACUCUACCAAUGAGUGGAUACUCUGAUAGAACUGAUGUAGAACGUGAACAAGUUGCAAAUACCGUAACAUUGGCAUCAAAGAUUUGUAAAUCAAUAUCAGAUAAUAAUAAUAAUAAUAGUGAUAGUGUUUCAUAUUGGUCAGAUUUCAUUGAUCCUUUGUCUGGUGUUCCAUAUUUAAAUAGAGAAAAUGUCAAUUCAAUAUUUAUACCGACUGAUAUGGGUGUGCCACUAGGUAUCGAUAUUAUAGAUGUUGGCUGUUGUCAGGUGAUGAGACAUCCUGAAUGGAGAGUUAGAGCUUUAUUCUCAAUGAUAGUAACAAAUGCACCAAUCGAGAUUAUUUCCAAUGCAAUUAAAUCACAAAUAUAA